CUCCGUAGGCGUAUUUUAUUUACUAAUAAUGCGCAGCCAAAGCCGGCGCGUCAUUCUCGCGGCAAACGUCCCUCCCUCCAUAACUAACUACAUACCAUACACCAACCAACCAACCAACCACCACCAUCACCACCAACGACGACCACGACCUCACCUAAACAAAUCCCGCCUUCACGUCAACCCGGCCGUAUCCCAAAAAGAUACAAUUGACUCCCACCCACCACAAGUCGCAGAGGCCACUUGUGCAUACUAUUUUUUGCGAAGUUUUUAUUUACCACCCUGGAACCAAGGUUCCGCCUGGAGAAUUUGCUUCGGGUCGCGGAAAAAACUUAAGGCUCCGAUUUUUUUUUUUCUUUUUUUGGUUUCGCCUUACCCUGAAACUCUCUGCCAGAGCGCAAACUGGUGGCAACAAAAAACAAACUUCCCGGAUUUCAAAGAGCGCAGAAGGGGAAAAAAAACAACAAUUUUUUUAUUAAUGUAUAUCAUCUUGUUGCAUUUCCUUCCUUCUAUCCUCUUUCAAAUUUAUUUGCCUUCCCCGGUAAACCGUUAGCAACCCAACGCGAAAAGAAGAACUCCCCUCAGUAUAUCGACAACAAGAACAUCAACAAAUCAUCCUCGGACUUGUCGCGAAACACAUACCCGAAUUUGUCAAAACCCGCUUUCGAAUUCCCCCGUUUCACUAACCGUUUUCGGUCUCGAAACUGAUAAAGCUCCAGUCGCUGAUAACGCGGCGCGCGCACAUUCAUUGACUGCGCAGUGUAUACCUCCUCUUAGCGACAUCAACUAGACUGAAAGGGGGCAAACAGCCCUCUUGAUAUCCAACUGCUGAGAACGAAAUAUGCCAUCAUCAACUAACCGCCGAACCCGGCGCAAAGACGUUGGAUUGCAAGAGACUCCGGAAACAGAUCAAGUGGAUUCCUCUCCCACUCGUCGUACUACUAAGAAGCGCAAGAUUGACCACUCCCGUUCGCUUCCCUUGCCGUUAGAGAAGACUCCGGAGCCCGUUUCUGCUGAUGAAGCGGAUGACUCCGGUACAGAAAAUGAUCUUGUAACCACCAAGGACCUGGUGGAUUCCGUGAUAGCCUGCCUUGAUGUCUCGGAUGACCCCGUGGUUGUCAUGGAUGAGUACUCGAAUAUCAAAAAUGAACGUGAAAACCCAGAGAGCGUGAAGGCCUAUGCUAAGAUUGCGGGUCGUGACUGGACUUACUACAUGCAAGGUGUACAUAUCAACAUCGGUCGCCCUCCAGACCGGGAUCAGAGGGUCGAUGCCCAGUCAAGCCCCGUCGCCGUUGCAGCCCAGGCGAUGCCGGAAGUACAUAUCGAUCUGGGCCCCAGCAAAUUUGUCUCCAGAUUACAUGCGGAGAUUUUGUACAGAAGUCAGGAUCCUAUUGGCUGGCAUAUUCGCGUCAACGGGCGCAAUGGUAUUCGAUUGAAUACCCAGAUAAUAAAGCGAGGAGGGAUCUCAAAGAUUACUUCUGGUGAUGUUAUCGAGAUUGCAGGCACGCAGAUGAUGUUUGUAACCCCGGACGGUCGGGCUGUCAUCCAUCCUUUCUUCGUGGAUAAGUGCCAGCGCUUGGCUGGUGGCGAUGACGCUGCUAGCUGGGACGAGUCGCAGCAUGCACACCCAGCGCUUUCCCGCAACAGGACCGGCCGGACGGUGCCUCAUAUCGACCAAAAGCAUCAUGACAUUCCAAGUGCCGGAAAUGGUCCCGAGCCAGCGCCAGCGGUUAAGAAGGCUCCAUUUUAUCCCAAGAAUCGGCAAGUUACCACGCCACCUCGUCAGCGAUCUUCAAACACAGAUGAUGCACUCCCGGCCAAACCAUCACCGUCCCCGCUCUACAAUCGCGGUAUGAUGAUAGAGAGCACAGAAGAUAUUGAUUAUAGCGAUGAAUCGGCAAAGGAUCUGAAGCCCCCCUACAGCUAUGCUACGCUGAUUUCACAGGCUAUUUUCUCGACGGAAGAGGAGAAGUUAACUCUGAGCAAAAUUUAUGCGUAUAUUACUGAGAAUUAUGCUUUUUACCGCCAUACAAAAUCAGGAUGGCAGAACUCGAUUCGCCAUAAUCUUUCUUUGAAUAAAGCAUUUCAAAAAGUGCCCCGCCGCACUGACGAGCCGGGCAAGGGCAUGAAAUGGCAAAUUGUUCCCGAAUUCCGACAGGAAUACUUCAACAAACAAAACCGCAAGAGUAACCAGUCAUCUGCCCCCUCCUCACCCGUCACCAAGGAAGGUAAAGGUAGCUUCCGCCCCGCAAAUGGCCAGAAGGGCUACGAUAAGAGUCUCGAAAGCUCGUUCCGAACAAGCAAUCCGUCACCACAAACGACUUCGCCCGGGUUUAACUCGUUCUCCGUUGCACCUGUGGAAGCUUAUACCCCGGAACGCGGUCCCCGAGUCAGCCGUAGAGCCAAUGGGCAUAACAAUGCAGACUACGGCGAACAACACUCCCCUCUACCCACCCGUCCACGGAGUAACAAUCCCAACCGCACAUACGGCCUGUCAGAUAACAUCAGCGGCUCACCGCCCGUCUUGUCAUCUUCAUUCUUCGACGACGCCACGUCCAUGAUCACGCCUGCUCCGCGUCGGCACCAACCCCUCCUCGCCCCCCCCAGCACAGCGCAGAUCCCGUCGAAAUUCAUGCCGAUGAGCUCACCAGCGCAGUUCUGGAAGUUCGCGGAGAUAGGGAAUACGCCGGGGCGAGUGGCUGAUAUGAGUCCGUUGAAUGGCGGCGGCUAUAACUUUAGAGCUGGCGGUGGCAUGGGUGCGGGCGGUGCGGGAGGAUCUGGUGAUGGGCUGUCUGCCAUCCCUAGCAGUAGCCCGCCGCCGCCAAAUUUAGGAAGCCCGAGUAAACCGAGUAGUGGGCCUGGGUUGGGUCGGCCGCUUGAUUCGAGAGUUGCGGGUGGUGCGUCGAAUGGUGUUGUUGGUCUUGUGCCUCGACAUAAUUCUGGCGGUGACAAUCCCGAUGAGGAUGAGGAUGGAGAUGAAAUUGGGGAGUUUGAUCUUGCUCGGGGUUUCCAACCGAUUGGCAGUUACCAUCAGCAAAUAAGCGCAACAAGAGCCAGCGCAAGCGCGUCGACUUCUUAGAAACCAGAAAGAAAAAAUUCAGCUGGCUAUUAGAAAGAGUACGUGUGGGCUUAGAAGGGGGAAAAAUAAACAAUAAAAUACCAAAAAUACAAAAGAAAAAACCGCUCAUCAUAAAGUGAUCUGAUCGAGCAACAAGAAAAAAGAACAAGAGAUAUAAGAAAGACGAUUUGCAAGGCUAGAAAUCACAAAGAGAGCCAUAAGAAAGAUCAAAGAUGCGAAAAGUUUUUCCUCCCGAGUUCCGCUUCAGCUCUUGUUUUUCUGCGUUCGCAGUCGAACGCCCGCCUCCCUCUCCCUCUCCCUCUCCCUCUCUCGCGGACGACCAGUCGAAUAUCACACGAUCUCCCAUGAUCUCUUCCGUCACACCGUCCAUCGCACCUUGCAUAUGCUCUGUUUACGUACGACCCUAUCUGUUAUUAUUAUUAUUAUUGUUAUUAUUAACUUUUACUUUUUAUAUCUGUUCUGUUCCCUGUAUCAAUAUCAACACAAUGGCUGCAUUUGUUUUAGUUCUUUUGGCCUUGUUUCUUCUUCUUUUUGUUUUCAAUGUUUCCUAUGACCUACGAGGGAGAUUCGGGGUUUUUUUUUUUGGAGUGUUUUUUUCUACUUAUUACUUACUUCGCCUUUUCAAUUUUUCCCAUUCUUUUCUUUCCAUUUUCGUCAGAGAGGUAAGCUCUUUUAACUCUCAAAAGAGCUUUAAAAGCAUGCAUGAUUGGUCUCUAUUGUCAUACUUUGUUUUAAUUCUUAUUUUUAUUUUCAAUUUAUUUUUAUUAUUAUUUAUUUCCCUGAUUUCUUUAACCUGCAUGAGGCUUUCUGUGAGUGAAGUAAUUGAUUAUUAUUAUUAUUAUCUCUCUCUCUCUUUAUUAUAGAAAAAUCAACUUUUUCAUGUAAAAAAUGCUGUAACAUGAUUUUAUAUAUAUUUUGUCAAAUUUGCUUCUUCAAACACAGCU